AGAUAGCAAUAAACUAGAAGCUCUUGGUCAGGGCCCGCGGAAAUGGGCGAGCAUAAUCUCCUUAAUCCCGGGUUUGUGGGACCUUUGGUGAACAUCCACACGGGAGACACCUUCUACUUCCCCAAUUUCCGGGCUUCCGGAGGACAGCUGCCCGGCUUGCCGUCUCUUUCCUACCCAAGGAGGGACAAUGUUUGCUCCUUGCCUUGGGCAUCUUCUGAACCCUGCAACGGAUAUCCCCAGCCCUACCUUAGCAGCCCGGUGUCUAUUAACCCUUCCUUCAGCAGAGCGUGCGAUCUAGCCCGGGUGGAGGAGAGCAAAUGUUACUACAGGGAAGCGUGCUCCGAGACUUCCAGCCUCAAGAGGGAGGAGAGGGUCAGAGACAAUACUUUGAUGCCACUCGAAGCGGGGAUUCCCAAUGGGAUGAGCGGCACUUUCAGCAAAUAUGACUAUCCGGCCGCUGAGACGGUGCCCCACGAUCCUCCUUCUUGUCAGUCCUUGGAGUCAGACUCCAGCUCUUCCUUACUCAAUGAAGGGAAUAAGGGUACCUCCAGCGAAGCAGCGACCAUGGUGUCCCCCAUCAACCAAGGAAGCAACCUCUCUACUGGUGGUGCACCCUGGUACCCGAUGCACACAAGGUCUCGGAAAAAGCGAAAACCCUAUUCCAAGCUGCAACUCGCAGAGCUGGAAGGGGAGUUUAUGGUCAACGAAUUCAUUACUCGCCAAAGAAGGAGAGAGCUCUCAGACCGAUUAAACCUGAGUGACCAGCAGGUGAAGAUCUGGUUUCAGAACCGGCGCAUGAAAAAGAAAAGACUCCUUCUAAGAGAGCAAGCUCUUUCUUUCUUUUAAAGUUCAAGCAGAGUCCGUGUUGGGCCACCACAUUGACACUCUAGCGUCUACUCUAAGCUGAUGGUCCCGGCACUUGACCUGACCGCUCCUCAUUUUCUUUUUUUCCUUAAAAAAAAUUAGAAAGAAAGAAAGAAAAUCAGUUUCCUUUGAGAGAAAAAGAUAAGAAUAAAAAAAAAAAAAAGCCCAACAGCGAGCAGAGAGAAGCUGAGAAAAUGCAUCUCCGACACUGGAACUGUUGGGAAAACAGCCAAUGUGAAUCCGCAAAGAAAAAGAAAAAGAAAAAAAAGGCAGCUUUUCCAUCAACCACCUUGGGUUCCUAUGGUUCAAAAGAGUCUCAGCAGCGUUGACUAUAAUCUGAGUGUGAGGUUGAGUCAAGGUAUGAGAUCUUUCCAAGCAAUAGGGUCCGUUGGGUUGUGUGCUGUAUUUUCCCCCCCUUUCUCCUAUUGACUGCUUGGCUUUGUUGUUGGUGAGGUGACCCCAGACCGCAGCAAAGAGCAAUCUUGAAAUCAAGGUCCCCGUCCUAUCUUAGAACUGAGUUUUUUAGGGUCGGGCUUUCUUUCUCCGGGACCAAACUGAGUGGCUGUGGCGUUCAUGUGAAAUCAACCGUAGGACCGGUCUCCUGGAGAACGGGGACCGGCUCGGACAUGUUCCCCGGGCUUAUUUUUCGAUAUAGACGGGAGCCAGGGGGGUGAUUCAGCGAGGGAGGGAAAGGACAGACUACAGUGUCUAGGUAGCAGCCUAGAGCUGGUUGUCCCCGGGCUAGGAAAAUAGCUGGGGUCCAUGGUGCUUCUGUCUGGGUCUUUCCUCCAACCAAGUGUGAUGGUGCAAGAAGGAUCACACGCAUCCUCUUCCCCCGCUCGCACACGCACGCACACACCUACGCCACGGAAAAUCCUGCGAGGCAAAACGGAAUGUACCUCCAUUUGAAACUGAGCCUUUCAGAGGUCGCCUCUGAAAAAUUGUCACCCAGUGUGUUUUCUGCACUGUCCCAAAUCGUCUUCUUCCUGUCUGCUAGCUAAAGCCAGGUCGGGUCCCCCCCCCAACAUCCUUCCCUUCCCUUCCCUUUGCUUUUUUAACAACUCCGCUGCAGACGUAUUUAUGCUGUAUUGAUGUGCUCAUUGAUGACAAAAUAGGGGGAAAAAAAUCGCUCCUUUUGUCCCAUUUGCUUGGUGGAGCCCCUUCAGCUAACGAUCUCUUUUCUUCCUAGAGGUAUCUCUAGACAUUGGCUUCCUUGCUUGGUGGAGAAAUGAAGGCACGGGUUUUGAUUUUUUUUUUUUAAAGAAAUUAUUCUUAGUCAAUUAGACAGAAAAAUCAAUGGGUGGUCUUUAUUUUUCCCCCUCCUUGUCCUUGCCUAAGAAUCGCAAGUCCAGAGUUUUGUGCUGGGUUUUUUUUUCCCCUAUCAGCCGCAGAUUUUCCAAGGAGGCUUGUAGGAAGAUGGAUAAGGUCGAUUUUUUUUUCCAAUUAAAUAAAACGCGGGGAGACAUAAUGACUUUCCCGGUACACACACACGCACCCAUACACACGCCAGUUAUACCUCUCUUGUCCUCCUCCCCCUUGGGUCUAUUGUACGGCUGCUCUUCCGAGCAGUUUAGCAGGCCUUAAUCUCCCACGUUUCUUUGGUCCGUGUGCUAUUUUCUGUAGGGCCCCCAUCAGAUGGGUUCAUUACAGUUUGCAGCUCUCAGCACCAAUCUGUCCUCCCUCACUGCCCUCCUAGCAAUUGUAGCUGGUUUCUAGCUGCGGGGUGAAGGUGGUGGUGCUCGGGGGAAGGGUGUAACUGCUUAGGGGUAGGAUAAAAGGGAGGGGGGGGGUGAACGGGAGCUUUGAGUUUUGCCACGACAAGCUUUGCUUCAUUCGUUUUAUAUCAGAGGGAUUAAUUUUAUGGCAAAGCAACGUUUUCUGGGCAGCCGGCAUUAUCCAUCACGUGCUCCCCCUUCUCCGCGUUCAUGGUCAUGACCGAGCAGCGGUGGCAAAGAAGGGCCUUUAUUUAUGAGCUGCAAAGGCGGUAGUGGAGUCCUUAAAAAUGCCUCCCUGGCUUGAAAGCUGCCUUUUUCCCUCCUCAGCCCUGCUUCUCGUGCCUGUGUCAAGAGCAUCCAGGAGAUCCGAUAAUCCCCCCCAGUUCCUACACCUUCCAGUUCCCUUCCAGGAAAAACACCCCCCCUCCAUCCUCACCCCUUUCCUCUUGCACACAAAAGACCCCCCUUUCCAGUCCCCAGCUCUACCCCCCCACCCUUACCCACCCCAGACUUCCCCGGGGGGGGUUCGCUUCUUGCAAUACUGUGCAAUAAAUACAUGAAACGACGUGUGUAUAUUUUCCCCCUGAACUAUGUGCAAUGAAAAGAGGGAGGGAUGGAGAAUUCUACCUUUUUUCUCCCCCGGCGAAUAACGGGAGAAUCCCCCCUUUUGCAAACCCUCAUUGUCCAGGGUCCCUUCUUCCUUUCACCCACUACUGCCUCUUACAAAGACCCGCACCCCUGUAGCUGGUGUGGGCGGUUGCAGACAGGGGGUCUCUUGGUGCAAACAGAGGGAGGCUGAGUGAUUUUUAGGCAGCCGUUGAGCUUGAUUCCCUAGCAAAAUGAUCCAUCCUUGACUUGAUCCAUUCACUCCCCUGUCCCUCUCCAAGGCCCCCUUGGCAAACCUAUGACUACGGGCUGGGAGAAAGGUGGCUUUCCCCCCCCCCCCCACUUCUAUUUUAUUCUAUUGGAGGGAAGGUAGAGGAUCGCAUGAAAUAGCUUAAUGCCGUGUUGGAUUAAAAUCCCGUUGAUUUAGGGAAAGAAAGGUGCCCUUCUGUUGUUCUUGAUCUUCCGAGAGAAAUCUCCGUCUGGAGAAGACGGGCUAUGCCCUGAAAUGCAUUGGAUACCUACCCACCAGCAGCGAAGCAUAGAGAAUUGCAAAGCCAGUUCUCGUGGCCCCCCACUAAUUAGUUUGGUUUGUUUGUUCCUUCUCCUUCCUUUUCAAUCACGUGCUAAUCAAGUCAACCCGAAAAUAUAUGCAAUAUUCUCUUCCCGAUUGCUUUAAGAUAUUAGUCCUCGAGACAUCCGUUUGUCCUGUGUUAGUUCCCUGUGAAUGUGGUACCGUUCUUUCGGCUUGUAUCGCUAGUCUAGUUUAUUGCAGUUGUUAAAAUGCAUCGUUUGCAAUAUAGUUCAUAUGUAAUGUUUCUUACCUCAAGCUAUUAUAUGUAGACCCGAUGCAAAUGUCUGUCAUAGCACGUUCUGGCUUUAUAUAGUCAUGUAAAAAGUGGCUUCACAAUAAUAAUAAUAAAAAAAUUAAUGUAUUAUUAUGUGAUUUCUGAUAAUAAAUAAAAUUGCCCAAACAUCUA